GUCUGCCCAAAACAAGGAAGGCUUCUCAUAAAGAGGAUGAUUCCCAGCAGUGUGCUGCCCUAAACUUGUAUUUCCUUGACCACUCACUGCCAUCUCUACCUGGAGGAUAAGACUGGUUUUAAGGCCAGAGAAUUUCAAGGGUAAUUGUUUUAGGAGCUGUGUAGAGAGAUCCCAUCAACCUCAGUAUGAUUGCUGUUCUCCUGGUCUCCAUCUUAGAUCUGUUGGCAGCAGGGGCAGCAUCUAAGAACCUCACAGCUGUACAUCAACCACAAUCAUCUGCAGGUGCUCUAGACGCCCCCAAACUUAUCACUGAGCCCAAAUAUCCUGAAUAUUUUGAAGGCGAGAGGGUUAAAUUCACAUGCACUGCUCCGGGAAAGCAGAUGGUGGUGGGAUACAGAUUUUUCAAACAGGAUGUGCAGGAGGUCUGCAAAGUGCUUGCUGACUAUUCCCAAAAGGGCAGGUGGUCGUUCGAGGCUUCGAUCAACAGCACUGGAAAUUACAGCUGCAGUUAUUGGAUGGGGAAGGCCGGUGCAGAGGCCGUGUCAGCACGGAGUAACCCCUGCUCCUUACGAGUGACUGACGCUCCAGCAGCUCCCUCCCUCUCUUUGAGCCCCCAGCAGUCUGACUACAGACUGGGAGAGUCAGUCAGUCUGGUGUGUUCUGCUCCACCUGAAAAGAGAGUUCAGGAAUUCAAGUACUCUAAUGAACUCAUGACCACCUCAGCUCUGGUUUCUGGCAGCAGCAAAUACAUGUUGAAUAUGAGCAUCCUGGAAGCAAAGCAUGUGGGACAUUUCAGGUGUGCCUAUGUGGUGCAGCUUUCUGGACGAGAUGCAAUUUCUAAGCAGAGCAAUGCUGUCUUUAUUGAUGGAACAGGUUUUCGAUGGGCACGAAUGUUGGCUGUUGGUGGGUCUUUCUUCAUCAUCAAUGGCCUGAUCUUCUUAAUCUUCCACUUCCUUUAAGCCUUAAGAUGACUGUAAGAAUCGUCUUAUCUGAUCCACUGCAGUUUACUCGGUCAACUACUUUUCUCUCAAUUCAUUAACUGUACAAACCAGCCUGUAUGUUAGCUUUCCCAAGAAGCAACACUGAGAGGGGAUAUAUGAAUCUUAAAAUAACAGAAAGGACUAUGAUGGAGAAACAAUGUUCAGAAGCAUGGCAUCUUCUCUUAAGACUAUUCUGAUGACUUCUUGUCCAUGGACCUUCUCAAAUAUUGUAAUGGACUUCAAUAAAUAAAUUUUCUGGUGUACCAAACAU